AACCGGCACAUUGAAUCGGCUCGGCAUCGGGCUGCUCCCAAAGUGAGCGACUGUGUCGCUCCACGGUAGCAGCUCCUCUCCUCUCCGCUCUGCGCUGUAGCAGCAUCAGAGCUGACCAGAGCAGGGCAGGGGUGGGGGGACAGGCAGACGCAUGGUCGCUGGACUCUGUGAUGUGCAGUAAAUGGGAUUAACCCGCCCAGACAGCUCUGGGAAACAACGCUAGUAGUAGUAGAGGGGAGGACAGAGAGAGGAGGGGUCGGUAGCUGGGGGGGGGAUCCCCGCGUAAAAAGCUUCGCCGCAUGUGGAAAACUUGCUCUGCUGGAGAGAAAACAAGCUCCCCCUUCCAAGAAAAGAAAAAAAAAACCAGAGCCGGGUCCAGACUUGCAGCAGCGUCCGGAUCGACCUCCAGCUCUCCUUUGGCGCACAUGCCUGGUUGAUGUGGAUGAGAGGAGCGCAGCGGACCUGGGAGCAUGUUUGAAUCCUCCUGCUAAAAGUUGCAGGGAGGAAAAACAAACCCAACUACAUUGAUCAUCUGGUUCCUUUUUUUAUCUGUAUUGCUGAGAACCCAACUAAUGGAGGGCCCAGCCGGAGAGCUGCACGGCAACGAGGACGUGCGCAAGAGCGGCUACCUCCGAAAGCAGAAGUCCAUGCACCGGCGCUACUUCGUGCUGCGCGCCGCCUCGGAGCGCGGACCGGCCCGCCUGGAGUACUAUGAGAGCGAGAAGAAGUUCCGCGGCAAGGCCCCCGUCCCGAAGAAGGCGGUGGCGCUGGAGACGUGCUUCAACAUCAACAAGCGGGCCGACUCCAAAAACAAGCACAUGAUCGUGCUCUACACCCGGGCGGAGAGCUUCGCCGUGGCCGCGGAGAACCAGGAGGACCAAGAGGAGUGGUUCCAGGCCAUGGUGGAGCUGCAGUGCAAAGGUAAAAAUCCCAGUGACAGCUCGACUGCAGGGGACUAUGGAGCGCCUAAUCCAGGGCCGGCGUUCAAAGAAGUUUGGCAGGUAAAGGUGUGGCCUAAAGGCUUAGGUCAAGCCAAGAACCUGGUGGGCAUCUAUCGGCUUUGCCUAACUGACAAGACGGUCAACUUCGUGAAGCUGAACUCCGACGCAGCCGCUGUGGUGCUCCAGCUGAUGAAUGUCAGGCGCUGCGGACAUUCAGAAAACUUUUUCUUUGUCGAGGUGGGCCGCUCGGCUGUGACGGGUCCCGGCGAGUUUUGGAUGCAGGUGGAUGAUUCUGUGGUGGCCCAGAACAUGCAUGAAACCUUGCUGGAGGCCAUGAAAGCCCUGAGCGAGGAGUUCCGCCAGCGCAGUAAGUCGCAGUCGAAUUCUGGUCCUGGAGGAGGUGCCACAGCUUCCAACCCCAUCAGUGUUCCUUCGCGUCGGCACCACCCCAACCCUCCUCCCAGCCAGGUGGGCUUCCUCCGCCGUCCCCGAACUGAGCCCUCCUUAAGUGCCACUGUUGGAGUGGGAGUAGGCAGUUCAAGUGCCUCCCCCACACCUCGACACAGCUUCCCAAGGUCACGCACCGCCAGUGAUGGGGGAAAAAGUGAGGACGGGAUAACAAGUUCCACUCCACUCCAUGGUGUAAACUCAAGUCCUUCUAACAACGGCUCCUGCUCUACGACCCCAAUCCUCAGGUCAAAGUCUGCCCGCUCAGUCCCAACAACAGCUGCUAAAACUCCUUUUGGGUUGAUGCGCUCCAUCUCGACCCCGGCCCCAUCACCAGCCCCUAGUCUCUCAUCCAGCUCUGGGCACGGAUCUGAGUUUGGAGGCAUCCCAUUUGCCGGUGCUGCUGCAGGGUCUGGCGCUUAUACUCGUGUACCCUCACAUCAUACCUCAGUCUCAUGCUCACCAAGUGAUUAUGGCUCGUCUGAUGAGUAUGGUUCCAGUCCUGGGGACCACACAGCUCUUCCCUCUCAGAGCCUACCAGGAAGCUCUGUCAGCAGCACUGGCAGCCAGUCCCUUGGCGAGGACGGAGCAAACUACAUCAUGAUGGGCCAAUGUAGUGGGAGCAGCGUUGGUGUAAGCAACAAUAGUCAAAGCAACAUUACAUCCAGCUCUCAGCCUGUGCCAGGAACACCAACUAAUGGCUCACUUCCCCAGACUAGGCGGGUGCUACGACGUUCAUCUAGCCGUGAAUGUGAGGCUGAAAGAAGGCUUCUGAGCAAGCGUGCCUCCCUGCCUCCUAUGGCCCUGGAAAGACUGGCUCCACAUCAGCGCAGAGCUGAAGAACCUGCAGAUGAAGAUUCAGCUGAUUAUGCUAUUAUGUCAAGGAGCACCAGUCGGGAGUCCUUCACAUCAACCUGUUCCUCUACUCAAAGGGAAUCAACCAUGGGUUCUUCUGUAGGGGGAGGAGGGUACUUGGAUGUAGCCGGAGAGCUAAAAAGUGACAUUGGUCCAGGAGCAGUUGCUGGGGUUGAUAAUGGGUAUAUGUCCAUGUUACCAGGUGUCACUCAGCCUCCUGUUUCCUCAUGUCAAACAAUGACCGUCUCUGUUCCAGAAUCAGAUUCCAAGCCUGCUGAUGACUAUAUGGCCAUGACCCCCAACAACAGCGUGUCACCCCCACAGCAGAUUCGUCCCCUGCCAGUGGCUGAUGGCUAUAUGAUAAUGUCACCCAACAGCAGCUGCUCCCCUGACCAGCGUGGAAGUCUCUCUGAAGGCACAUGGGUUGGCAGUGCUGACAGCAGGGCUGGUAGCGACUACAUGAAUAUGUCUCCAAUCAGUGUGCCUUCUGUAAACGGCAGUCCCCCACCCAAUGAACACACUUGCCAUUUGGAGACCAGUUUGCAACAGCAGCCCCCAAAAAUGGUCUAUUCUUACUACUCCCUUCCCAGGUCGUACAAGCAUAACCCCACUUCUGGGCUUUUUGAUGAUGGGCCUGGACGAGGUCGACGUCCCAAUGGCAGCUGUAGCAGGGGAGUGGGGGGCGGUAGAAACUUAGGUGGGCAUCAAGAGCAGCCAACUGGCAGUCCAGGUGUUGGGCAGCAUCAAUCACUCUCUUCGUCCUCAUACUCCUCCAGCUCAGCUAGCAGUGAGAGUCUUGGUGAGAGCGAUGAUAGGACUAAUCAGGCGACCGGUAAUGUGACAUGUGGGUCUCAGUCCAAAGAGGGGAGCAAGAUUUCUCAGAGACGGGGUUCUGGUGGGAUGACAAAACAAGGUAAUCACUUUAGAAGUAGACCAGUAAGUCUGUUUGUAGACGUUUCUAAGGCUAACACUCUUCCAAGAGUCCGUGAGAAUCCUCUACCCCCUGAACCUAAGAGCCCUGGGGAGUAUGUAAGCAUUGAAUAUAAGGGAGUUGCCAGUGGGCGAGGCAGAGCACUUAGACAUGGAUCAUUGAUGAAUCAUGGCUCAACUAACCAGCAUCCUCAAAACAGACUAGCUUCAUCUUCAGAAGACACUGUCUUACUGUCUCGUAGUCCCUCAGCCCCAGUCUCUCCACCCACUCCCUCGGAGUAUGUAAAUAUGGAUCUCGGGCCUUCACCAUCCCCUUCGCCCCAUUCCAAUACCCAGUUAAUUUUCCCUCCUUUCCAUACCCCUCCCACACCUCCAGCCCUUGCCCAUGCCCCUAAAACCUGCAAGGACACUGCUGCUAGUUUAUGUGAAGUGGCUGUUGUAGUGCCUGAACAGCCUCCUAGGAAAAGCAGGGAAAGUGUUCCCUCAGUGAGUGAGUCAGAGUUUCCUACAUCUUGUGGGGAUUACACAGAGAUGGCCUUCAGCUUGAAAAACAACACUGCCCCUCGAUCAUCACCUAGUAUGUCCCCCCAGGUCCCCUCUCCCACAAGAGCCGAUUCUUCAGUUUCAAUGCUCUCUCGGGGUCUAGACUUUACCUUAGGCAAAACAGGACUGAACCCAGAUCAGGGUGCUAAGGUAAUCCGUGCUGACCCCCAAGGACGUAGGCGGCACUGCUCAGAAACCUUUGUGGCAACACCCUCCCUAUCCACGUCUGCCUCUACUUCUUCUUCAACUGCCUCCCUCUUCCCAGAGCAUACCCAGGCUGUUGCACGCCGCCUUGGUUUUGAGAGCAUGCUGUGGGGGAACGGUGCCGUCACAGAUGCUCCUACUCAACUUCCACUUCCUGCACAGCAGUCACUUCCUACAAGCAAUCAGACAUCAUCCACAGAGCAAGGUCUUAACUACAUAGACUUGGACUUGGUUAACAAAGAGAGUCCAAAUGCUGGCCUGGAAGGUGCCACAGGAGGGCAGCCCCAAUCUCGACACUUCUCUGUUCUUGGUUCAGGCUCCACGAUUGGGGUAAUGGGGGCAGCAGCUGGUGGGAGCAGUAGUUCAAGCCUCAAUACGUAUGCCAGCAUCGACUUCUACAAAUCAGAGGAGCUACGUACACAUCCAAACGGGAACAAAGAGGGAACAGAUGGUGAAACGAUUCGAGGAAAUGAAGAUCGAAGUGCAAAGCGCCAAAAGAGAAAACAAGAAGCCGAUAUUUGAUUUGUGGGGCUAAGGGGAGGAAACGUUUAAUUGCAGCAUAGUGCUGAUGUCAGCGGUUCAUCUUUGGAGACAAUCUGGUACCACUCAAAGCGCUUCUAGGCCCCACCUUUUCCUCCUGUGACAACCAAUCAAAUGGAAAGAGCUGCUGGAUUGGACGUAACCCUGAAGCACUUUGACAUAAACUGAUGGAACAUUUUUUUUUUCCUUCCUCACAUUUAUCCGGUCGGUUGAGCAAACCAACAGGGAUGUGUGCCAAAUGAUAUUCUUAAAAAGCUAUUCGCUGCUCUCAUUUCCUGAAGUGAAAGCCAAUCAGAGGACGGUACAGAAAGGAGAAUAGUAUUGGGGGAACUUUUUUUUUUCUAAACCUCUAAUGAAUAAAAUAAUAGAAAUAUGGUUGACUGGUAUGUAUAAAAGAAAAGAAGAAAAUAUAUAGAUAUACAUAGCUGCUCAAAAAGUGCCUCAUUUUCAGAUUGUAGCCAUUCUAAAUGCUAAAGCUUCGGGUGUUUUUAUUCCACUCUUGUGUUAAUGUAAUUACAGUCGCAGAAGGUGCUGAUUAAGAUUAAAAGCAUUUUUUUUAUUUAUCGCAGAUGCGUUCAUGUCAUAAAGGAUCAAUGUAAGGGGUUGGAAAGUUUGCUGUGUAGAUUACAGGGGAUUGCUUGGGCACUAACAACAGACUUUAUAGACAAAAUAUUUAUAGUCCCUAUAAUUACAAACAGCCCUGUUUUCAGCAAAUAUGCCCACACUCAGACAGCAUUACGCCUGCUUUGAUUUAGUGCUUCUUGAUUUCUGCCCUUUACAAAAAAAUUAUAAAUAUACAUGGUAGAAAAAUUUGAAUCUCCUUAUUUAACGUGAGCAUCUCAAUUAUGACAGCUCACACUUAUAAUUAGGAAGACAUGGGGCAGUAUUUUAUUUUGAUAUUUGUUUUUACAGAGGUUUUACUGGGUUUUUUUUUUAGUUUAGAGAGAGAGAUAUGGGUACUUCUACCAAUGCCACUUCUUUUGAUUAUGGGAGGGAAGGAUCGCCUUGAAUAGCCAUAGGAUGGAAAUAUCACCUACCUUAUAUAUAGUGUAAAAAAAAUCCGUAUUCUUUAUGUGAAAUAAAGAUAAUAAUUUCCAAGAAUGUUUUUAAGCUUCUGUGCUUAUAUCAGAACAUUUUAUGUAGUGAAAUUGCAGCUAUAGCCAAACAAAAUAUGUUCAAAAUAUCACCUUAAAUAAAUGUUAUUAAAUGACAUGCUAACUCUCGUUACUUGUACCUUAAGAUAAGAAACUCAGGGCUUUUUUUUUUAUUUCAAGUAAAUUUUUUUAUGCAAUAAUGAUUUUUUUUUUUAUGACAAAUACAAAAAAUGUAUUAACAAAGUAUACUUACUAAAAAUUAUACUAAUUGUGCAUUUAACUGAAAUAUACAUAUUUUUUUCUACCCUGGAUAGCUUUAUAACUGUUGACCCCGCAAAAGGUGAAAGGAUAGGAGAUAUUAAUGUAUCCUAUCACAAAGAGCCAUCUAUUAACUUGUUAUUCAACCAACUUAAAAUGGAAAUCCAUGAGAGGCAACGGGUGUUGCAGAAAAAUAUUAAUAUUAAAUAUAAUUUAUAAUUUAUAAAAGCUGACAUAAAUCCUGCCAGAAUAUUCUAUUCCAGCCUAUGUUUUUUUUUUUUUUUUACUUUAGCCAUUCAGAUCAAACAACAAUACCUGUAGUAAUAUAUGGCAUUCUGGUAGGUUUUUCGCCAAUUUUUAUAGAUCUUAUUGUUUUUUUUUUUUUUUUUUUUCUAAGACACAAUACUGAUUUGGGGCUGUUGGAUUAAACUACUUUCCCAAACAUCAAAUGGUAUCAACAAAGUGAACCGAGCCAAACUAAUUACUGAAAGGUACCCAUUGAUUUGAGUUUGAUCUGGAGUUGUAAUUUCUUAAAAUUAAGAGUGACCAGAUCCUGCUGGAGUGUUGUGAGGAAAUAAAGAAGUCCUUUAUUUGGCGCACACACAUAUACCGCUAGAGAGGGUUGACAAUUUGCUUUGAUACAAACCUUCUUAGUUCCUCCUUUAUAACUUUGUUAUUAAUCACUAGUUUUUUCUAGGUGUGCGGAAAUAAAAAAUGCUACAUUUCAACAAACUAAGAAGUCUCCCAUGACAACUCCAAUAUGACAUGAACGCAGAGUUUUUGCUAAAAUUAAAUCUGUAUACAGUACUAGCAACCUGCUAGCUAUUCUUUCCUACUGUGAGAAAUAUUAGCAAAGCAGCUAUUAGCUCUAUGCUAAUUAAGGUGUUUCAUUUAUUUUCUUUUUCUUUCUCUCUUGAUUUUUUUUUAUUAACUGUUUACUUUCAUUUUUGCUGUUCAGUGAGCCAUAAACAAGUGUUCAUAUCCACAGGCUUGAAAAAAAAAAAGGCACUUGUAGCAGGGAGUGGAGCAGCUUGUACGCAAGCUUUAAGCUAGCUGAUUCAGUUUAGCAUAUCAGCCAGGUACCAGGACAUACGUUCACCGUCCUGCUGACCACAGCUGGGGUUAGACCCCCCUGAUACAGAGCCACACAAUCCCAUUAGUGCUAUUGGACACUCACUUAAUCCCGAUCGUCUCAGGAUGCUAAAUAACAAACAGUAUACAGAGCCGAGGACAGUGUCUCUAUCAAUAGCCGUGAUUAUGUUAGCUUUGUGCAGUCAGCAAAUAACCAUUUUAGCACCUGUAGAUGGAGUAGUUCUCAUUGAGGUUUUGCAUAAAGACAGCUAAUUUGCUCUCAGUUGCAAUGUAGAGCACCUAAUUGUUUCAGGAUAUUGUUAUUUUCUCAGUCUCUUUUCAAACUGAUCAAAGUGAAAGUACUUUAGCCUCUAAAUCCUCCUUAAUGACUAUUUGUUUUUAUCGCCUUCCUUUCCUGUCUUUGCUUGGCUCUAACUUUAAUCUUCACUAUGCAUAAGCACUUAAGUGCCUGUCCUAUUUCUUAAUCUUAGUCUCUCUGUCUCUCUGCCCCAUUUUAGCACAUAGCACUAAUACAUUUGUCAGAGCAGAAUAUAACAUAACUAUUUUUGUGUCUAUUUCCUGGCUGUACAGUUCUUGCAAAAUUCCUUCAGUUUUGUUUGGUGUAAACAUGUUAGCAUUUAUGGUCUCUGUCCCACGACCCAAGGACUUGAUCAUCACAUUGUAAUCAGUGCCAAAACACUGCAGCAACAGAACUAUGCUGUUCCUCUCUCCAACACCACCUCAAGAAACAACUUUCAGUUUUCAAGGCGGGGGAUUUUACUUGGUUUUAAGACUGAGAUGUAAUUUGUUUUUGUUUUCUUCGCAUUCUUUCACCGUUUUCAUGCGAGGUUUUUCUGGCAUAUCUCUGCUCCCAGUUGGCUCACGAGACUCUCUUUGAGAUAAAGGUCGCUGUUGGAGACUUAUGUAUGCUUUAACUUUGAAUUUGCCAAUGACUUUGACUGGAGGCUUA